CCUAGGUUCAUGGCUUGCUCUCCGGGCUCGCACGGCCUGUAAUCGCUGCUAUCGAUCGAAGUCGUGCUGGCGGAGCAGCCUCGAGACACCACUGACAACGCUGAUUGCAUCGAUUUGUAAAGAAUGGCAGAGAACCGCAAACGACAGCAGCCCCCCUCCCCGGCGUCGCGGAAGGCCCAGCGCCGCGAGGCCGAGUCGAUCUGGGCUGCCCUCCAUGCGCGGCACUGCGUGUACUGCCAUGAAUGGGUGUUCCGAUAUAUAUAUAUAUACGCUCUUCGCCCGCUGCGCCGAGGCCAUCAAGCGCCGCGGCGACGGCGGUGCGAUCAUCGACACGCUCCCGGCGUCGAUGCGGGACCGCGUGCGCGCCGCGCGGUGGUCGGCGCGGUGCAGGGGCCCGCCGCACAACGCUCACUGGCCGGAGCGCAUCGACAAGUUCAGCUUUAGUCAUUCGCGCUGGAAACUCGAGUGCUGGCGCUGCGACAAGAGGUGGAUCGCCGACUCGAACGUCGGCGACGAGAAGCCCUCUAAUUGGCACACCUGGGAGGGGCACCCGCGACCAAAAAUCGCCGGAGACGACGGGUGCGCCGUGCCGGGCCACGCGUUCGGCGUCGAGGGCCUGCGGGAGCGGUACGCGCGGUUUCCCGGGGACUUGACUACUCUGUGGGACGAAGGACAAUGUACGACGGUCCUCUCCGAGAAACUCACGGCGGCCGGGUGCCUGGCGGACGACGUCGUCAACCGCACGGCGGAGGACAUCUGCGCCUCGUAUUUCAAACCCGACGACCCGUACGUCGAGUGCCGCGAGUGCUUCGCGCUCGACUGGCGGCACGGCGUCGGCGCGGGGUUGCUGGCCGCCCAGAAGGGCUGGGAACCGCCGGCGGCCGACGAGGCCACGAGCGCCACGACCAUUGGCGUGUUCCGCGCCGUCGUCGACGCCUCCGUGGACGACGCCAUCGCCGCGGCCGCGGCCGAGGCCCCGCCCCGGCUCGGCGAGGCCGUGGCGACCCUGCCGUACGGGGCGCGUGCGGUCGAGCCGCUGGGCAACGGCAACGUCCGGUAUAUUUUUUAACACAUGACUCUC